AACAAAUCGCAAACCUUAGUUUCUGGUUACGACUCUAGUCCGGUGUACGAGCCGCUUUGAGAGAGAGCAGUUUCAGAGAGUCCAGUUGGAGAAGCGAUGUCUAUAGAGGCUAGGUGUACUCGUAGUGGUGCGAAACGCAGGAUAAAAGGCGAGAGUAGCAAGACAGAUCGGAAUCUCUCUUCAUGCAUACUGCCGAGAGAGUCAGAGGUUGAAGAAGAAGGUGUCGACCAUGGUCUUCCAGAGUGAAUCCUUGGAAGAGGUUGCUAUCCUAAGGAAUCAAGGCUCAACAUCUAUUCCAAACCGGAGUACCUAGGGGAUAUUGCUGAGUACCUCGCCGGUACAAGUUUUUACUACCGUCUGAUGAACUCCCAGUUUGGAAAGCUGUUCAAGUAUCCAGUCUGCCGUACACUUCACUCGGCCAAGCUUAUUCAUGGUCCGUUAUGUCGGCAAUUAGUGACGAAGAAGAGGCAUGAACUUUGGUUCGUUUUUGGAGGGAAGCCUAUGAGAUUCUAACUCCGAGAAUUUCACAUUACGACGAGGUUGGCAUGUGGACAAUUUCCGAGUGAAGAGGAGUUCAAAAGCCAUAACAAAAAUUCAACCAGUGUUUGGAAGAGAUUAUUUGGUGCAAAAAAAUCUGUGAGUGUCUCAAGCAUCUCGGAUAUGCUAAAAGCAGACAGCAAACUGAAGGAAGAUGAUGAAGAGAAGAUGUCUCCCUGGAAAAGGUUCUGCUUGGUUCUGAUUCUCUUGGUGGACGGUGUGGUUAUUUGCAGUAACAAAUACCUUCAUAUAACAAACAAGUAUGUGGAGAUGCUUGAUGAUAUUGAAUUCUUCUUGUCAUACCCGUGGGGCAGAGAAGCAUUCAUCCAUACAAUUGAGAGGUUUGGACCUCCUGAACAAAGCAGUACCGACCCCUUCAUAGAACUUAAAGCCCGCCUCAAUCAAAAAAGCAGUUGCUGUUAUGAAUUUCCAUUGGCACUCCAAAUGCAGGCGUUUGAUGCAAUUCCACUGCUUUUGUCUAAGAUACCGGAGCCAGGUGACAUGCGCGAUUAUACUCAGAUUGCAUAUGAGGAUCUGGGGACAAAUAUCAUCAUUCUACAUCAAAAAGACAUCCUCCAGGUGGAAGUCGAUGAAAAGGUUGCUUACACGCUUGAGGGUGAUGGGUGCUUAGAAGAAAUGGAUUUUGGGUGGGACGAAGAUGCUGUAGAUGAGAAGGUGAAUUAUAUGGAGAACUUGCUAAUCGAAGGUCAUGAGUUUACUCAGUCAGAAUGGCCAGGUGGAGAAGUUGUUGUGAAUGAUGACAAAGCUAGUGGUGUUAAGAAAUCGGCUGCUAGGUGAGGAGUCAAGAAAGAGCCUGCUAGGAGAGGUGGUAAUGUUUCAAAAGCCAAAAAAGAUGCUGAUACAAAAAAGGAUGAUGGAGACAAUAUUGAGAUGGUGAAGAAAUUGAUAGCGGAGGCACAGAAAGAGACAGAAAAAGCAUUGAGGGGAGAGAUGAUGAAGAUGUUUGCCGGGCUGACUAAAUGUGACUGUGGGGGUCUAUUGCCAUCUCCCAGGGUCAACAAUAAGAGGAAAAGGACUGAGGUGGAGACAGAAAUGUGUCCUGAAAAAACAGGUGCUAUGGAGGAGGGAGAUAGCAUUGCUAACAGUAACGCCACAAAUGGGCUGAGGCUUACCCACAUGUACAAGACAUCAUCAAAGAUCUCGACUCACUGGAUCUGUCAGUCCCCCAAGAGAGUUCAAAAAUGGAUAGUGGACAUGUACCAGAGAAGGUGGGAUAUGAUAAUACAGCAGGAGACGAAUUUGGACAGAGCAUGGACUUUGAGAACGAAUGGUGUACAAGCAAUGAUUCACCGUUUGUUGAACACAAUGCCUUUGCUAUUGUGCCCUCCGGUUUAGAAAGUGGACAUGAAGGAUUAUGUCAUUAUCCAGAAAUUGCUGAAACAGAAACCUGCGGAGAGGAAAAAUUGGGUUCUUCUCCGCAGAGUCCACAAUUGUUGGUAAAGAAGUCUAAGAGAGUUCCCCGUGCUUCAAGGUACGUUAAGGGUGGAGAGUAUACUGGUGGUGACCCAAAGUUAAAAGCUCUAUUUGCAAGCAAGCAGAAAACUCCUGAGUACCACCCGAUGUCCUGUUUAGAUGUGGACAAAUUUGAGACGUUAAAGGACCUGCUGGAGGCCAAUGAGGAGCAGGCGUUUACGAUUGUAACUAAGCACACAAUAACAUAUCGGUUUUUCCUCGACAUAGCUGAGGCCCAAUACCCAUUGAACACAAAGCAUAUGCAGGUAAUAAUGUCUAUGCUAUGGCGCAGAAGGGGAGCUGUGUACACCACAGGAAGAGCUUCUUUUGUUGACACUUAUUCUGUGACCCUUCUAAAUAACAAAUACGAGAGUUUCAAGGCGUGGAAGAAUAAGAAGAAGUACAAUUGGGGACUGGAUUUAAGAGCAUUUGUUCUGGGCAAAUCAAAAGGGCAGAUGCCAACAACGUUUGUACAACAUGUCGACAUGGUGUACAUCCCUAUGAACUGGUCCGACAAACACUGGGUAGGUCUGUUAAUUAACUUGAGGCUGGGUGAAGUAGAGGUGUUUGACCCUUGUAUUGAAGCUAGCUCCGACGAGGAAGUAACGUCUCUGAUGGCGCCUGUUGUAGAGAUGGUUCCCUGGUUGGUUAUCGAUACAAUUGGAAAGAAGUAUAGAAAGAACUUCUCAACAAAACCACUAACAUGGAGGAGGGUUGAAGGAAUAUACAAGAACCAGAGAGGAGGAGGUGACAGUGGUCCUGUUGCAGCCAAAUUUCUUGAGAUGCACGCGUAUGGGCUCGGCAUACAUGAGAUGGGCAUGAUUACGGAUGACAGUGUUGACGAGUUAAGGAAGGUGUACGCGAUGGAUGCAUAUGAAGCGUUCAUUGAGAGGUGUGAGGACUAAAAAGGUUGAAUGAAUUUGGGGACUUGAAUUACUUUUUCUGUUUUGCUUGUUUAAAUUUUGAGACCUGUACAGUUAUUUCAAAUUAGCUGUUUAAUAUGAAUGGUUUAAUGUUUUUAUAAGUGUGCAAAACAUUGUACACCA